GAGCUCUGUGGGAGAAGUUUGGGGUUUUUUUUUGGCAGCCCUUCUCGCGAUCGCACUUUGGCUUCGCCGCCUGGGGUCGGUAGUUUUGCAGGCACCGCCCCUCACCGCAGCCAGGACCUGUCGGCGAGAGCGCGCGCGGCUCCCUCGCCAUGGCCAAGCACCAUCCGGAUCUCAUCUUCUGCCGCAAACAGGCCGGCGUGGCAAUCGGAAGACUUUGUGAAAAAUGUGAUGGCAAAUGCGUGAUCUGUGACUCCUAUGUGCGGCCCUGCACUCUGGUGCGCAUAUGUGAUGAGUGUAACUACGGCUCGUACCAAGGGCGCUGUGUGAUCUGUGGGGGCCCAGGAGUGUCCGAUGCCUACUACUGCAAGGAGUGCACCAUCCAGGAAAAAGAUAGAGAUGGUUGCCCCAAGAUCGUCAACCUGGGCAGUUCCAAGACAGAUCUCUUCUAUGAAAGGAAGAAAUAUGGCUUCAAGAAGAGGUGAUCCUAUCCAUACGUGGCUACACCUCCUGUUGGGUUGGCAAGAGUGUCUUGGAACUUCUCCGGACUUCACUAUUGUUGAAUACCUAUAGAUUAUUUUUCUCUAAAACAGUACAAGUUCCGUAGUAUACUUGGGGUUGGAGAGUAACUGUUCAAAUGGGGACUGAAACCUGAUCAGAACUAUGAGAAAGAGCAAAUGAGGACUACUAUCUCUUUUUCUUUUCAGAAGCCCUGCUAGUAGGUACCCCAGCUUCCUUUAAAAAUCCUAGUGAGUAAUUAUUUACACACGGAGGAGACUGGCUCAGUGAAAAGCAAGUGCCAUUUCUGUUGUGGGAAAACAUCUUGCAGUGGUUUUUACCAGGCCUCCUCUCAAUUGUUUGAAAUCACCCCAUGCCCCAGUAUUGAAGAACAGAGCACCAAUCCCGUGUGUCUGCUUCCCCCUCUCCUUCCUCCAGUAUAUUUCCAUACUGUCCUGUUUUGUAAGGAACCUGCUCAUGGCUGAUGCUUUCCUAGGGAGAGCCCAGCUGUUCCGUGUUUUCUUUGACAGAUUAAUCCAAGGCCAUUUCUUGUAACCGUUUCUGUAGGAUGCAUACCAAUAAAGCUCUUCUUUUGGUUUUUUUUUUUUUUAAAACAAGUAUUUCUCUCUGAUUCACUCCAUGCCUAGCCCCUCUGGACCUUUCUGGGGACACACAGGAUUAGCCCAACUAGAACUGCACAAUGGGUUAUCUGGUUUCUGACAGGGCCUGCUUAUGGCCAUGUGACCUUGCUGCAAGGAGCUUCAGGGAAUGGCUAUCGCUUUUGUCUGCCUGUGAUCCCAGCCACUCAUCAUUUUGUCCCGUAGCGUGAGGAUCGCUGAGCUUGUAACCCUUAUCCUAGCUAAUACGGCUGUGGAUGUUGUUUCACCAUGCAAACAUCCAAUCCCUUUCUAAAACCUACUAAGCUAUUCGACUCGCCAUCCUGUUCUUGUGAAUAAGUUAAAGCCUUCCCUGCUGUAACUGGAAACCAACUAUUGUGUUCUAGGCUAUUGGCUGUGUGCACGCUGAAAACCAGAGGCUGCUUGUUUGUCAAAUACCAGUACAGGCUAAAAGCAGUCUGUUUGCUCAGCAGAGAUCUGGGAAUGGAAGCCUUUACGCAGAGGUGGAACAGAGUUCCCUACUAGGGCACGCACUCCUCAAAUGGUUAAAUGGUGUCCUAGCACCACAUGCUCUGUAGUCUUCAGAGUCUUCAUCAUCUGAGCAGAGCGUCUGCUCCAGUAAUGGGAUUCUCUUUGUUCAGUCUUGGGGUGCAGAGCCUGUUUUGUGCCCUUUCUAGGAUUUCAGUUGUUCCCCCGAGGUUAGUACUGAUCCUCUAACUCGUCUGUGAUAUAAAUUCCUCUCCUACCUGCUCCAGCCAUUUAAGCGAUUUGAAUAAGAGUGAAAACAAGCAGACAAGUUGUGAUCAUCCUUCCCUUAAAAGUCAUCUCUUCCUGCUGCAGCUGCCUCUAGCUGUGACUGGUCCUACGGCUGCUCCUCCCUCUCCUCUCCUCAGCUAGUAAUUCUGUCAUGUUUCUCUUGAAAGCUUUUUGCAGUCCUGAGAGUAUCUGUGUCUUUUUCCCUGCACACGCUUCCCUUUCACAGGUUCUCGUUAAUUUUACUAGCGUGGAUUCCAUUUGCCGAGAUGUUCAGGGCAAAUUGGAUCUUUGGUUCCAGCAAACCCCACUCUCUCAAAUGAAUUCUUCCUGAAUAAGCAGCUGCCUCUUGCUCCUGUCUGCCCAUGUCAGAGCCAUUAUCAGCCGUGUUAACUUCUGUAUUUCUUUACAAGCAGGACAUGACAUGCAGAUUUUUUUUGUACCUGGAACUUUAUCACUUCAACCAGAAUUUAUCACUUGCUCCCAGUCAGGCUGCCCAAAUUAUCACACUGGGGAACGCAGAAGCUUUAUAGGUUGGUUUUUUUUUUUUUCCUUUCCUGGAAGUUUCUAAGAUAACAAAAGUAGUCUGGUGAAGGUAGAGGGAAAUGAAGUUAGAGCUAUUUCUUUUGUCUCCGAGUUAUUGCCCCUGGGGCAGGGACCCCUAGAAGAUCUAAUUUUAGAGCAGCCUGUGUUCCUGAUCAUUUAGUAGGAUCAACCAGGCAGGGGUUGCUAUAGAGAUAAGAGUGUCCCCAUCCCUUCCCCCACCCCCAAAACCGGCUGAGUGUACUUACUUUCUUGGCACUCUGGUGCCCUCACUCUGGCUGCUGGGUAUAUCGGGCUGCGUUCUGGCAGCAAUGAGAGUUAAGCUGCCAUUUCUAGUUGUUCUGAGUCACUGGGCAGGUGGAGAGAGGGAGGGACGGGCUUUUUCCCCUUUGCCUUGUUUGCUCAGACAGCUCUGGGGAGAAUGCCAAAUGCUGCCGGUGCUCAGAUUGAUUCAGCGCCUCCGCCUUUCUGGUUUUUGCAGAGCACGGAUGGGACAUUGCCCUGAAGCUGCUAAAUCAGACAAGGGUAAUGAAUAUAUCUGGGUAGCCCAGAAAAACUCAGCCUUGCUUGUGUGGUAAUGAUUUCUCUUCACCAGCAAAAGAAACCCAGGCAGGGCCCCUAGAAAAGCACAAUAUUUCUUACCUAAAUGGAUUUUAAAGGACUUGUCUAGUAGGAGAUUUCCUGGUAGUACUGGGGACCAGAGCACGUGCUAAAAGGACGAGCUUCCCUACACGGGGAAAAUGAGACCAGACACAUCCAACUACUUUGUGCUUUCCAAGCUCUGGAAGGGCUUCCUCAGACAUUGGAGUCUUAAGCUCCCUGGCUGCCAGCUGCGAAGCACUUGCAUGACAAAUGCAAAAAAGGGAGAGAGAGAGGGAGGGCUGCAUCUCUGUGGCAGCUGGACCCCUGUGGUGCUGGCUGCAAAUCCCAAUUGUAUGGAGCUGAAUGUGUCUUCCUGCCAUUACUUUACUAGGUAGGGUUAUCGUUUGUUUUUUCUUUUUCUUUUUUUAAUCAAAAGGAUGUUAGGUAAUAAGUAAAAAAAAAUCCUUUUAUUUCAAAUAUUGACAUUGAGGGGAGGAACAUGGGACCUCUUGGCCUAUUAAGUAAUCGGCCUCUUUGUUGCCAGUACUAACAAGGCAUGGCUGCAUUCUGAAAUGUAGAUGUUCCCUCUUACAAGCCCCUUCAGAUGAACUACUGGCCUCAGCUACCACCACAGAUAGCUCCGUAACACACCUCUGGUCCUUUGAAUCAUGCAGACCUUGUCUUGACAAAGCCCUCCACCUGAAGCAUUAUCUUUCUUUUCAAAACACCCCAAAGGCAGGCAAAGGCCUUGAGGUUUCCUGUGAGCUUUCCCUGAGGGAGCUGCAUAGCCAAAAUCCUGCUUCUGAAGUGGUAUCUGCACAGGAGCUGUUAUUUUCUCAUUAGAGGGAUCAGCUGGAGAUGUUGUUUGCCCAUUUCAAUAGCAGGAAAGAAUUUUUCAUUUCCUUGAGGUCGUCAUGUGACUCGAAUGUAAAGAGGAUUCAGGGUAUGGCAGUGUUAAUUACACCUGAUUAUAACCUGACUGCCCUUCCUUGGCAUUAAAUAACCCAGCAAAAUGAGCUCUGUCCCAGCAGCCUGGCAAUUCCUUCCCUCCCCACACGCACAUGAUUCGGUAGCUUUGCUUUGACGUAAUAGCCGAAUGGCCGAGAAUGCGUGAGUGGAUACCGUGACAGAAUUCCUCUGCUUGCAUGUGUACCGGGGCGAUGCGAUAAUUAAAGGAGCAUGGUCAAGGCACAAGUAUUUUAAAGAGCCCUAAUGUGUAACACCCUCUGAGUAACACCU